AUGAUCGAUGCAUGGCACUCUCAGUCUGCAUGGUCAGAGGUGCAAGAGGCUAUACGAAGUGUUAGGCAAGAUUUCGGGCUUGAAGUCUUCGUGCAUGCAAACGGCACGAAAGCCUACAGGAAAGCACUUGAUCUUAUUGAUGCUAAAGCGGAAGAAGUCCUCAUGGUUGCAGCACACGCCUACGAUCUGAGGGCGGCCAAGGAGGUGGGAAUGAAGACGAUCUACAUUCAUCGUUGGACGGACGAUAUCGAUGAAGACAUGGUUGAAGUCAAGAAUGAAUUCGACGUAUUCCUUGAGGGCAUGCAGAACUUGCCCGACGCUAUCAAGAAGGUGUCAGGCGGGAGCCAAGAGAUAUAG